AUGUCUGGUUACUACAGAAGAACGCAUCCAUCAUCUGGGCAAUAUAAGCACCCUCAAGAGCAGCCUAAGUAUUCACGUCCUGGCCAAUAUCGGUACCCAAAUGACCAAACAUACCAACAGUAUCCUAACCAAUACAAUCAACGUCGACACUAUAAUCACAAUGAAAGCUCAAGGCGACGUUAUAGUGACGAUCGCCCGCAUAGCUCAAAUAUUACCAAUACACGACAUUCAUAUUACGGUAAUAACGACAACCAAAGUGGCACAUAUGUAAAUAAUAAAUCUGACGUUAAUAAUGUAAGAGGUUUGCCACAGUCACGCUACUCAAAUACCAGUGCUAAUACUGCAUCAACAUCCCCGAAUACGCCUCUACUCACAAAUUCUGCCUUACUUCUACAACAAAGACCACCUUCAGUUUUAAAAUAUAAUACAGACGUCUUGAUGUCCAAGUUCCAUUACUUCGACCCCAUAAAAGGCGAAUUCUCCAAUAAAGACAAAAUGGUUUCAUGGAGGGCUACAGAUAAAGAAUUUGCGGAAACCGGAUAUUACGUAGUUAAAGAGCUACAAGAUGGACAGUUCAAAUUUAAAGUAAAACACAGGCAUCCGGAGAUUAAAGCAUCCGACCCACGUAAUGAAAACGCUACUAUAACCAAUGGAAAAGUUGCGAGCCAUAGAAAAUGCAGGAAAUCGUUAGUCUUGCUACCUCGCAUAUCAUAUGACAAAUAUUCUUUAGGGCCACCUCCUCCAUGUGAAAUUGUAGUAUAUCCAACGCAGGAUUCAACAACCACUAACAUUCAAGAUGUAUCGAUAAAAAACUAUUUUAAAAAAUACGGCGAGAUCUCUCAUUUUGAAGCAUUUAAUGAUCCUAGUAGCGCUUUACCUUUGAACGUCUAUCUCAUAAAGUAUACAAGCCCUGAUGGAAAACUUAAUGAUGCAGCCAAAUCAGCCUUUAAUGCUGUAAGGAAGCAUGAAUCUUCAGGUUGUUUUAUCAUGGGGUUUAGCUUCAACAUCGUUCUGAACAAAAAUUCUAUCUUAAACAACAUCAUUGCCAAAUUUGUCGAAACAAAUGUUAAAAACUUACAAAAGUUGCAAGAAGACCUGAAAAAAGCCAAGGAAAAGGAAAUGGAGAAAGAAAAGGUGAAGGAGACCCAAAGUAAAGAAAUUAAUUUGCCGAAGGAGCCUAAGGUAGACACAUUAUCGCAUACAUCAGGAUAUGAAAAGAAGAUCCCCUACGAUCUUUUGGGCGUAGUCAAUAACAGGCCCGUCUUACAUGUCUCAAAAAUAUUUGUUACUAAGCAUGGGUUUCGAGUUGAGGACUUUAAGUAUAAAUUAAGAGGCUACAGAUGUGCACGAUUUAUUGACCAUCCAACGGGUAUAUAUAUAAUCUUUAACGACAUCGCGCAUGCUCAAACCUGUUCAAACGCAGAAUCAGGCAAAUUGACAAUAAUCUCUCGUAGUAGAAGAAUGCCUAUUCUAAUCAAAUUUCACCUGAUUCUCCCUAGGUUUCAAAACAGAACCAGGUUUAAUGGACCCGGCGCAUCGACUACAUCUGAACAUGUACCCGUGGAAUAUGAGUCUAAAGAAGAGUUUAUUGACGCCACUGCUAAACAAAUACUAAACGAUCUAGAGAAAGCCUUGCAUGUGGAUAUCAAGAAAAGAUUAAUAGGACCCACAGUGUUCGAUACAUUAGAUCACGCAAAUUUUCCUGAAGUACUAGCCAAGAGAGAAUUACGGGAAAAAGAGAGAAAACAAGAAAUAGCCUCUAAAAUUGCUGAAAAUGAGUUAAAACGUAAAGGGGAAGCUAAACGGGACUUUGAUUUAUUUGGUUUGUAUGGUGGAUAUGCAAAAUCCCAAAAGAGAAGUUUAGAUAGACACAGUUCGCUUACAAUGGACCGUACAUCUUUGAAAAGGAAGAAGUUAUCCAAGGGCAUCAAACCAAUGGCGCACUUGUUAAAUGAGGAAACAGAUUCCAAAGAAGCUACUCCAUAUAAUGAUGGCGGAACUCCUUUCUCAAAUGAUCGUUUCUCAAAAGAAGACGAUGAAGAAGAAGACGAGAAUAUGACAUCUUCUAAUUCAUCAUCAUCCGAAGAGGAGGAGGAGGAAGGAACAGAUAAGAAAUUUAAGAGUGAAUCUGAGCCAACAACUCCGGAGUCUGAUCACCUCCAUGCCAUUAAAUCAUUGCUGACUGAUGAAAACGGAUCCCUUGACAUCUUGGAUACACCUUUGAUGUAUAAGCCUACAGCUACCGAAAUUCCCGAGCCUGUAUAUCCACCUGAGGAAUAUGAUCUAAAAUAUAGCCAGACGUUAUCACCCUUGGACCUGCAAAAUGCUAUCAAAGAUGAAGAAGAUAUGCUGAUUUUAAAGGAAUUGUUGAAAUCAUACACUGUCACUUCUUCUUCUUCGGAAUCUGGUGCGCUCUUGGAGUACAAGACUUGGAAAUCUCGUAGCCAAAAGGUCGAAGAAGAAAAGGCAUCUGACUGGCAAAUCAAACUUAACGGUACUUUGUUUGAUAGUGAACUACAACCAUUUAGUUCCUUCAAAGCUGAAGGCUUUAGAAAAAUUGCAGAUAAAUUGAAAGUUAACUACUUACCCCAUCGUCGCAAAAUCCACCAACCGUUGAACACUGUGAAUAUUCAUAAUGAAAAGAAUGAAUACACUCCUGAACUUUCUCAAAGAGAAGAAUCUUCAACAAAAGAGCCUUCGGACUCAGUUCCCCAAGAAGUCUCAUCUUCGAGAGAUAAUAGGGCGUCGAACAGAAGAUUCCAGCAAAACAUAGAGGCCCAAAAGGCUGCAAUUGGUACUGAAUCUGAACUGCUGUCACUGAAUCAAUUAAAUAAAAGGAAAAAACCAGUCAUGUUUGCACGUUCUGCAAUUCAUAAUUGGGGGCUAUAUGCUCUGGAUUCCAUUGCGGCGAAGGAAAUGAUUAUUGAAUACGUUGGUGAAAGAAUCAGACAACCCGUAGCAGAAAUGAGGGAGAAAAGGUAUUUGAAGAAUGGGAUUGGUUCAAGUUAUCUCUUUAGGGUUGACGAGAACACGGUUAUUGAUGCCACUAAAAAAGGUGGUAUUGCCAGAUUUAUCAACCAUUGUUGUGAUCCAAAUUGUACGGCAAAGAUUAUAAAAGUUGGUGGAAGAAGGAGAAUUGUUAUUUAUGCAUUGCGCGAUAUCGGGGCUAACGAAGAACUGACCUAUGAUUAUAAGUUUGAAAGGGAGCAAGACGACGAGGAAAGAUUGCCCUGUUUGUGUGGCGCCCCUAACUGUAAAGGUUUCCUUAACUGA